AUGUCUCACAAACAAUUCAAAUCAGAUGGAAACAUCGUUACUCCUUACUUACUCGGCCUCGCUCGAAGCAAUCCAGGGCUUACAGUAAUUAAGCAUGACCGAGUAGUUUUCCGGACUGCUUCAGCUCCAAGUUCAGGGAAUCCACCUAAAGUGUCUUUGGUCUCAGGGGGUGGUAGUGGUCAUGAACCAACGCAUGCUGGUUUUAUUGGCGAUGGUGCCCUAGAUGCGAUUGCAGCGGGAGCAAUUUUUGCUUCUCCUUCAACUAAACAGAUUUAUUCUGCUAUUAAGGCUGUUGAAUCUCCAAAGGGCACUUUGAUCAUUGUGAAAAAUUACACCGGUGAUAUCAUACAUUUUGGUCUUGCUGCUGAAAGAGCUAAAGCUGCUGGAAUGAAGGUAGAACUUGUUGCUGUGGGAGAUGAUGUCUCUGUCGGCAAAAAGAAAGGUUCAUUAGUCGGACGUCGAGGUCUUGGGGCUACCGUGUUGGUGCAUAAAAUUGCUGGCGCUGCUGCUUCGCAUGGAUUAGAGUUAUCUGAAGUUGCCAAAGUUGCUCAGUCGGUUGUCGAUAAUAGUGUCACAAUUGCUGCAUCACUUGAUCACUGCACGGUUCCUGGCCACAAACCUGAAGCUAUUCUCGGUGAAGAUGAGUAUGAAAUUGGCAUGGGUAUUCAUAAUGAAUCUGGUACCUACAAGUCUUCUCCAUUGCCAUCAAUUCCUGAACUUGUAUCUCAAAUGCUGCCUUUACUUCUCGAUGAGGAUGAAGACCGUUCUUAUGUGAAAUUUGAACCCACGGAUAAUGUAGUCCUCAUGGUUAACAACAUGGGUGGUAUGUCAAAUCUAGAGUUAGGUUAUGCAGCUGAGGUCAUUUCUGAACAAUUGAUUGAAAAGUAUCAAAUUGUGCCCAAAAGAACAAUCACUGGAGCAUUCAUUACUGCUUUGAAUGGGCCAGGAUUUGGUAUCACUUUGAUGAACGCUACGAAAGCGGGCGCUGAUACUCUCAAGUAUUUCGAUUAUCCCACCACAGCAUGUGGGUGGAAUCAAAUGUACCAUUCUGCGAAAGAUUGGGAAGUCCUUGCUGACGGCCAAAUUCCAACUGCGCCUUCUUUAAAAACAUUAAGAAAUGAAAAGGUUUCUGGUGUAAAAGCUGAUUAUGAUAUUUUUGCUAAAAUUUUGCUUGCUGGAAUUGCCAAGAUUAAUGAAGUUGAACCAAAGGUUACAUGGUACGAUACCAUUGCAGGAGAUGGUGAUUGCGGAACCACACUUGUGUCCGGUGGUGAAGCAUUGAAGGAAGCCAUCGAAAACCACACUUUGCGUCUCGAAGAUGCUGCCCUUGGUAUUGAGGAUAUUGCGUAUAUGGUUGAAGAUUCUAUGGGUGGUACCUCCGGUGGCUUAUACUCUAUCUACCUAUCCGCUCUCGCACAGGGCGUUAGAGAUUCCGGGGAUAAAGAACUUACCGCAGACACUUUCAAAAAUGCUUCUAGUGUUGCAUUGGAUGCUUUGUAUAAGUAUACGAGAGCACGUCCAGGCUACAGGACUUUGAUCGAUGCUCUCCAACCUUUCGUUGAAGCACUGAAGGCCGGAAAGGGUCCCAGAGCUGCUGCCCAAGCUGCCCACGAUGGUGCUGAGAAGACAAGGAAGAUGGAUGCCCUCGUUGGGCGUGCUUCUUACGUGGCUAAGGAGGAACUGAGAAAACUCGACAGUGAAGGUGGAUUACCAGAUCCAGGUGCAGUUGGCCUUGCUGCAUUACUUGACGGGUUUGUUACAGCUGCCGGAUACUAG